UCCCGCUGCCUCUGCGCAUGCUCCUGCGUAAACAAUAUGUUGGGGAAAUUAGGUGUCUCUCUUUGGGAAGUCGAGUUUUAAAAAGCUCGGGCAGACCAUGAUAUGACGACUUCACUGAUCUUGCAUCCACGCUGGGCGGAUACCUUCAUGUACGUGUAUGAGGAGAACCCGAAUGAAAAUAACCAGAAUAAAAUCCCAGCAAUGGAAGGGCUAAGUGGGAACUGCCCAGCUACCCACUGCAGGGAUUUAAUCAGUCACCCGGUAUUGGGUCGUCAUUCCAGCACCAUUGGGACUCACCAGGGUUCUGUCUACACGGAUAUACCUGCUCCAGAUGCCGCCAGGCAGUGCCCCGCGCCACCAGCCUCCUCCAACGCCACCUUGGGCUAUGGCUAUCCUUUUGGAGGCAGCUACUACGGAUGCCGAUUGUCCCAUUCCCACAACGUGAACUUACAACAGAAGCCUUGUUCGUACCACCCAGCUGAAAAAUACCCCGAGCCCAGCGGCUCCCUCCCCAGCGAAGAACUAUCCUCAAGGGCCAAAGAGUUUGCUUUUUACCCGAGCUUUGCCAGCUCCUACCAGGCGGUUCCUGGUUAUUUGGACGUAUCAGUGGUUCCAGGUAUCAGUGGCCACCCAGAACCAAGACACGACGCGCUGCUUCCCAUGGAAGGAUACCAACACUGGGCUCUUUCUAAUGGUUGGGACGGGCAGGUCUAUUGCUCGAAGGAGCAAUCACAGUCUACCCAUCUCUGGAAAUCACCUUUCCCAGAUGUGGUACCUCUCCAGCCCGAAGUGAGCAGCUACCGUAGGGGUCGAAAGAAAAGAGUCCCCUACACGAAAAUCCAGCUGAAAGAAUUAGAAAAGGAAUACGCCGCCAGCAAGUUCAUUACCAAAGAGAAGCGAAGAAGGAUUUCGGCGACCACUAAUCUUUCCGAGCGCCAGGUCACUAUCUGGUUUCAGAAUCGCAGGGUAAAAGAGAAAAAAGUCGUUAGCAAAUCUAAGACACCUCACCUUCACGCUACCUGACAAAGAAAUCUCUCCGGAGGGGGAAAAAGAUAAAAUUUAAAAAGAAAGGGGGAGAGAAACAAACAAACAAAUACAAAUAUUUAUCUGGUAAAUUUGUAUAAAUAAGAACACGCAUUCGAACUCUUUGAAUAAUCUGAUUAUUUAAAAACACCAAGGCGGAGGGGGCGGGCAUUAAACCGCCAUCUUCGGUUUAUUUUGUCCCUGCAUUGCCGUCUCGAACUGUGAAUCCGGUCGCCCUUUUUAAACAUUCAUUUUGAUAUGGUUUUCAUUGUGCACAUUUAGCAAGGAGGGGGGUGGAGAAAGAGGGGAGGGGAGAACACACACUUACAAAUAUGUAGAUUUGCUACGUUGGAAUCCUGAAUGUUAUUUUGUAGCUCUGUAUCAUAGUCCAAGCCUCUCCCCUUGCAGCUGAACAAAGAUUUUCCAUUUCUUUGGCUGUUUCUGUCUCUGAUGAUGUAAAAAUAAUAAUAAUUAAAAUUAAAUAGAUAAAUAUAUAUAUAUAUAGAAAUAGAUAUAUAUAUAUCUGUGAAGAAGGUAUUAACAGCGGAUCCAGCGAAGAAAUCCUAGAUUUCUUUUGUUUGUUUGUUUUUAAACGUGGACCUUAAAAAAAUGAAUGAAAAAUAAUAAUAAGGCUGCUACCCUGAAUGUUUUGUUGUUGCUGUGUUCCUGAUAUUAGACGCCAACAAUUUGAAGUCACUUCUGAAUUUGAAGUGGCACCGUGGCUGUGUAAUUCCUAGGGCACGAUCCAGCCGAAUAUAGCCACUUCCAGAUGGGCUUGAUUUUCAUAGCGGGGGCAGGGAAUCAAGUUUGGGUAUAAAUGGGAUUUCCAAGUCUUAAUGCUGGAGGAUCGUGUCUCUAAUUAUUAUUAUUAUUACCUUUAAUUUUCUGGAAUAUGUUCUCACUGAGGUUGAGUUGUUGUUGUUGUUUGUUUGUUUGUUUCCGCCAAAAAGCCUGGAAUGUUUAUUCUCCAUCGACAGUAUGGAAAGUGCGCGACGUUGCUCUGUUGUUGUCCCCCCUCACCCUAUUAUCAGUCACUAAAGAGCAGUCAGUGUUCUUUCUCCAUGUUAAAGCGAUCCAUUUUUUUAAAGAAAAAAAAUGUCUUGUAUAUGUAUAUAAUGUGGUGUCCGAAUGAUAUGUACUGAAUGCAGAAUACAUUUCUUAAAAAUAAAUCUCUCUCUUUCUUCCCCCUC